GGUUGGGGUUGUUCUAUUCUUCAUCUGGUUCUAUGGGUUUCGGUUUGGUGAAGAAGGUCGGAGGAGGCUUUAGGAGCUUUUCGGUGCAGGCCGCGAAGGGGGUUUCUUCCCCUAGCCUGAAAAUUGAUGGUGUCCGAGAGAUUAUCGCCGUCGCAUCCGGUAAAGGAGGCGUGGGCAAGUCCACCACGGCAGUCAACUUGGCUGUGGCACUUGCUAACAAUUGCAAACUCAAGGUCGGAUUGCUUGAUGCUGAUGUUUACGGACCUUCGAUUCCCACAAUGAUGAAACUUAGUGGAAAGCCAGAUGUGAGUCAAGACAGGAAAUUAGUACCCAUAGAAAACUAUGGAGUGAAGUGUAUGUCAAUGGGAGUUUUGGUAGAGGGAAAAUUUGAUGCAAUUGUAUGGAGAGGCCCUAUGGUGAUGAAAGCCCUUGAACAGAUGUCAAGGGGAGUUGAGUGGGGAAAUCUUGAUAUUCUCGUUGUGGAUAUGCCCCCUGGAACUGGUGAUGUUCAGCUAUCUAUUUCACAGAGACUGCAAUUAUCAGGCGCUGUGAUUGUUUCAACUCCUCAAGAUGUUGCUUUGAUGGAUGCUCGAAGAGGAGUCAACAUGUUCUCUAAAGUCAAAAUUCCUAUACUAGGAAUCAUCGAGAACAUGAGUUUCUUCAAAUGUCCACACUGUGGUGAACCUUCACAUAUCUUCGGGAAAGAAGGUGCUCGUAAGACUGCUGAUGAGAUGAGUGUGCCAUUCCUUGGCGAGAUACCGUUAGAAGUUGAUAUUCGAAGUACCUCAGAUGAAGGGAAACCCAUAGUGUUGACAAGCCCAAACUCUGCAGCCUCUGUAGCUUACACUGAAAUGGCGAAUAAAUUAGUCAGGCGACUUGAAGAACUCUCUGGACAAACAACAAUUAGACCAGAGAUAAACCUGUAAAGGUCAAGUUUUGAUCCCAAGUAAGUGACAGUAUUGAGGAUAGAAUGCUAUUAAUAAUGACAACCCAUCAAGUCUUUGUGAUGAAACUUUUGAGAAAAGUUAUAACUAUACCAUGCAUGAUUGUUCUUAUAAAAAAAUUCUGCAAGUGUUUUUUAAAAUUUUGUAUUUCGUAAA